AUGAUCUCCCCAACCCAACCCAUUGAGGUUAGAGAACAGGUAUUAGAUAGUGACUUGGCCAAACUCAAAAAAUAUAUUAUUCGGAGCCCACAAGUCAGUAUACCAGAAUUAUGUCGCCUUUUUGAUGGGGCGAUCACUUCACCAUCACCAUCAGGUUCAGUUGCUAACAGGCAUAUCACAUGGGAUUUGUUGGUUAAAAUACCUCUCGAAGUUGUUUCUUCUCUUUUUCACAUCAAAAUUAUUUGUGAUCGUGACAAACAAGAUUUAUCUACGGCUACAAUACGUUUAAAGAGGCCAGACCUUUUUGGUUGGCUGAAAUCCGCAUUGGUAUUUAAAGGAGAGGAGAAGGAGGCCUUAGAAGACAUUGCAAAAGCAGAACAUGAGUUGUUAAAUAAGGCUAAAUUAUGGAAUCCUCUUUACUUUGGAAAUCUUCAAUACAUCUUUGCUUAUGUCGCUGCCGGAAAUUUUAUAAGAUCCUUAAACAUCAAAGUCGUUAGUCAAGAUUUUGACUUGUCGCUUGUAGUUGAUCGAAUCUUAACGGUAGUAACGUCCAUCAAUAUCACUCGGUGUUUACUGCAUUUUAUCCCUCAAAUACCCACAAAUAUGCCGUACCCUCUUUAUAGUGUCAUCAAGCGAGGAACAUGUGAGAUCACGUUUCUUGAGGAUCGUGUUACAAAGAAAAUCAGGAAUUUUGAAACAGAAUACAACUUUUCGACAUUCAAUGAUUUGAAAAAUAUUUAUGCUAAGUCUGCGAAUGAAUCACAUUUUAUCCAAGCAGUUGUUCCUCCGCAUAUUAAAAAUUCGACAUAUACUGUCGAACUGAGUCCUUUGGGAAUUAAUCGUUGCCCUCAAUCAUUACAGGAACUGAAACGAGCGAUAAAAUGUGUACUCGAGGCUUUAGUCGUGUUGCAUCGAUCGAAAUAUGUGCAUAGAGACAUUCGCUGGGAUAAUGUUAUACAGUCAUCAACCAAUAGUAUGGAUUGGAUUUUGAACGAUUUAGAGCAUGCUGGUAAGGAAGGACCUGUUACAUACAGACUGGAAUGGUGGCCAAAUGGUGUUGGUCCGAAUCAGGGCCCUUACGAUUUUAAAUGCGAUCUUUAUCUUGUCGGCGAGCUCAUUAGAACUAGUGGUGUGGACUUGAGCCGUACUGACACAUCUUUUAUGAAUAAGCUUUUAGAGAUGGAGAGCCGAUUCACAACAAUGAAAGCACUUAAAGAUAUUUGGUUAACUUCUGAAUCCUAA